AAUAGAGAAAAUCGACAGUGAAGAGAAGCAUCCUUUCUCUCAAUUUCACGGUUCCAAAACCAUUUUCCAAGAUAUCCCUCACCUAAAUCAGCUCCUACAUGGGUGGUCACAGAGUUAGGAAUAAGGAACCAAUGUCAUGGUCGGACGAGAAUGAACACACUUUCAUCGAAAUUCUUUAUGAGAAAGUGAAAUCAAAUGUAUUGCAAUGUUCAACAUUCACGAAAGACGAAUGGGGCAGGAUCAAUGAAAACAUGAUAGCUUCAACAAAAAUGGAUUACGGGAUAGAUAGAUUAAAGGGAAAGUGGAACCGCUUACGUAAGAUUCAUCGCAUGUUCUCUGAACUUUUGGGACAUACAGGGGUUACAUGGGAUCCAAAUACCAACAAAGUUAAUGCUGCUGAGGAAGUUUGGCAACACUUUUAUACGAUUAAUAGGUCGGAUUACAAGAUGUUCAAGAGGGAAGGAUGUAAGCACUACCACACUCUUGGGGAGAUAUUUAGUGGGACUACAGCUACUGGAGGAUUAUGCAAAGCCUCCACUCAGCUUCCAAACACAUCAGAGGAAGAAAGGCAACUAGAAGAUGAUUUUUUGAAUAGGGGAGUGCAUGUACAUGCAGAGAAUGAUGAUGAAGUCGAUGUGGUUUCUGAUACUCGUCGACGUAACGAAAUUGGUACAUCAGGUGAACGACGACGUAAGGAACCUAAGAUCAGUAAAAGUGAUAAACUUGAGGCAUGCAUGGCACAAUGGUCAUCUACAGUUAGUAUGAGGAAUGAAGAAACUGAACUUAGAACACUUUAUCUGAAAGAAAAGCUUGCAAAGAUUCAAGGAAAAUCAAGUAAUCAGUCAGAUGUUGAAGAGGGUGUCAUUUGUGAAGAUGCCAGAAGCAAGGAGAGGACCUAUCUUGGAACUACUUUGAUGUGA